GUUACAUAGCACGUGUGCCAAGAACUAGAUAUAUACAGUUAAUUCACCUCGGUUGGGCGGAGAGAAUCUGCGCAACCAAGUCACGGGCACUUUGCACACUCUGCAAACAGCAAUAAUCACGCCAUUCUUUUCGGUGUCUUGACUUCGAGUGCUCGGCAGGCUGCGAUCGUUGAUCAUUGACACACGCAAGUUCCGAGAGGUAUAUGAAUUAAAUACUUGUACCAUUAUCAUGCUGGGGGAUCUGCUCCGUCUCUGGGUCGUCAUCACGGCCCUGGGCGCUUAUAUCAGCAUUAGGACUAUAUACCGCCUAUAUUUCCACCCGCUGUCCCAUAUUCCCGGCCCAAAGCUGGCGGCAUGCUCACAUCUCUAUGAAUUUUACUACAAUGUCAUUUUGUCAGGGAAAUAUUUAUUUGAAAUGGAGAAGAUGCACCAGCAAUACGGACCCAUAAUCCGCAUCAACCCUCGUGAGGUUCACAUUAACGACCCUACUUUCUAUGAUGAAAUCUACGCUUCAAGUAGCCGAAAGAGAGAGAAAGAUCCCAAGUUCGUGCCUACAUACGCCUUACCUGGCUCUAUGGUGGCGGCUGUGAGCCAUGAGCUUCAUCACCUUCGCCGAGGUAUCCUGAAAGAUUUCUUCUCAAGGCGUUCUGUCCUGGAGCUCUCAGAGAUGAUAAAUGAACGAGUUCAAGCACUUAUGAAACGCCUGGAAGGAUUUCGGAUUGCCCAAUCUACAGUUUCCAUUGACGAUGCAUUCUCGGCGCUUUCAUCAGAUGUUAUCACGUCUUACUGCUGCGGCAAGCACUGGGGGUUUAUAGAGGAUCCUGACUUCCGCAACGAUGUCCGCAAAGCCACUGCGGAUGCCGCGAGUUUUACUCACAUUUCCCGGUUUUUCCCCUGGCUGGUAACCCUAUCGACUUUCCUUUCACCACGAACACUGUCUAUACUGAUGCCAGGAAAAGCGGGACUGUUUGGGUUCCUUGAAUCAUUCUUAGAAUAUGCGCAGAAGGGUGCUUCGACAGGCAAAAGAAAAUCGAUGCUUGCCACCCUGGCGGAUCCGAGCAUCCCGCCACAAGAACGAUCUUUCCAUCGGCAGAGGGAUGAAGCUUUUGGAAUCAUAGGUGCCGGAACCGAAACAACAGCGACUGUGCUAACCGUGGCCUUCUAUCACCUUGCCCGGGAUAAAACGGUGAGAGACAAGCUGCAGACAGAGCUGAAACAGCUGAUGCCUACGCCAGACAGCACACCGACCUGGAUUGAGCUCGAGCGCCUACCUUAUCUAGAUGCUUUCAUCAGUGAAUCCCUGCGUAUAGGUUCCCCGAUACUGGGGCGAUACACCCGCGUUGCCCCGACAGAGACUCUAACAUACAAGAAUUACGUUAUUCCUCCAGGAACUCCAAUGAGUAGUGCCUCCUAUUUUAUACACAAGGACGCUACAAUCUUCCCUGACCCAGACGCCUUCCGCCCCGAGAGAUGGAUUGAAGCGGCCGAAAAAGGUCAAAAUCUCAAGAAGCAUCUGGUGUCUUUCACCAAAGGAAGCAGAAACUGCAUUGGAAUAAAUCUCGCUUACAUGGAAUUGUUUCUCACGGUUGCUGCUUUUGUACGCCGGUUUAAUUUAGAGCUGGUUGAUACAACGCCGGAUGAUGUUCGUGUUGUUCGAGAGUUCUUGGUGGGUUUUACGAAGAAUGGCAACGUGAAGGUCAAUGGGAAGCUAUCGCUUGUUGAUGAGUAGAGAGACGACAGCACAGAGCAAUACGCAGAACGUGCCCCUAACUCAAUGUAUGCUAGCCAUGUACCAAGCACCUGUCAGAAAGUAAAAUUCAAUCUGGUAAAAGUCAUGGCAAGCCACAAGCACAAGAUAGCGGCCGUUAUUAGGUAAACAAUCCCAAUUUCUCGGGUUGCAGUCCACACCUCUGCAGCUGUG